CACCACCAAACCCCAUUUCUCUUCCUCCUUCAUUCUCUCUUUUCCUUCUUCUUCUUCUUCUUCUUCUUCUUCUUCUUCUUCUUCCAUCUUCAUCAUGAGCUCCAUUGUUCAGAGCCUCCAGAAGAGAAUGCCAACCAGCCAGCUGGGCGCCCUACCCGUCUCCCAGGGCGGCUCAUCAGGGCUAGACCAGGCACCAGCUCUCCGGCGAAGGCUGUCGUCUCUCUCCCUCAAGCUGCAGCCAAUCUCAUCCCCGGCGACCACAUGGGCCAUGCAGAGGUCCAAGUCCGUCUCCGCCAUGGGGGAGUACGCCGGCGGGUCCAUUAAGAGAUGGUGGGACUGGGGCUGGACUUGGGUUCUUUCCAGAAAGCCAAUCUUCGCUCAGGAUCUGGAGAUGAACGAGGAAGAGACCAAGAUUCUCGGCUCCGACAACAGAGGCAGCUGGCGACAUGUCUUCUUUAAGGUCCGGUCUGAGCUCCGGAAGCUCAUGAUGACCUCGUCCAACAACGUCACCACUCUUCCUCAAACUUACAGGCCCUACGACUCGUUCAAGACCAAGAAGUGAAUAAGGUUCUGUAUGUUCUUAUUGUUCUUGCUGUUCUUGUUACCGGAAUCCAGAAUGAAGAAGAUUGAUUAUACGAUUGUAAUUAGAUGAUAUCUUUUGUUGUUCUAUUAUAUGUGCGUGGGAGCUAGCUUGUUAUAGAACUACUUGCUGCUUUGGUCGACGUUGCUCUUCGGGUUGGAUUCUCUGCAAUUUGUUUUGUCGGUGCGGGUCUCGGGGCUCCGGAAGAAACGAGUUCCGGUCGUCGGCGCCGGUGAAGAGCCAACCGGGAUGGAAAUUGCAGGGUUUUGCCGGUGCUUCAUAUCAUCUUCUUAAUAAUUAGCUAGAUAGCAUUUCAUUCAUUAGUAAAUACCGAUCUUAUUAUUAUGAAUUGUUAUUAUGUUCUUUUUAUUUUUUGAAUUGAAGGCAAUUACUUUCUAGACAACUCCAUUAUUAAUUUGUACCAAUGCAAUUUUAUUUGCUAGCUUUUCUAGUAAUCAUGGAAUAUUUA